AUGGCGUCACGAUUUGUUUCAUCCAUCCUCUUUUUGCGGAAGAAUAUCGGUUUUAUCCAAAAGAACGUGCUGACUAACAUUUCUAUCACUCGGCACUUUUCUCAUCUAACAAAAGAAGAGGGAAACAAUCCAUGUUUUGGGUUUCUAUUCGACAUAGAUGGAGUAAUAGUGAGAGGAAAACGCCUCCUACCAUCUGCAAAAGAAGCAUUCAGACUCUUAACUGAUGAAUAUGGAAAAUUUAGAGUUCCAGCCCUUUUUGUCACUAAUGCUGGUAACAUGCUACGUCAGGAAAAAGCCAAACAAUUGUCAAAUUGGCUUGGAAUUCAGGUGGAAUCAGAACAAGUAAUUAUGUCUCACAGUCCCUUGAAAAUGUUUCGCCAAUUUCAUGACAAGCAUGUUCUGGUUUCUGGUCAAGGGCCUGUCUUAGAAAUUGCCAAGAACCUGGGAUUUACAAAAGUUACUACUAUAGAAACCCUUCGACAGACGUUUCCUUUGCUGGAUAUGGUUGACCAUCACCGCCGUCAUGUCGCUCCAUGUGCUUUUGAAAAAUACUUUCCCAGAAUUGAAGCUGUGAUAUUGUUUGGAGAGCCGGUGAGGUGGGAGACCAAUCUUCAACUCAUUACUGAUGUAUUGUUGUCCAAUGGCCUGCCGAAUCGGUCCCCCCGAGAAAUUCCUUAUCCACAUCUUCCAAUCCUUGCGUUCAAGUUUUCUUUCUUUCUCUUUCUCUCUCUCUCUCUCUCUGUUGAGGACAAAUUUUACUGUCCAUUAUUUCAACUUAUUCUGGGAAAUUUUGGUAUCUCCCCCCCUCUCUCUUUGUUGAUUUCUUAUUCUUUCCCUUACCUUCCUACACAAGACUGUCCAUUAUUUCAUGCCUUUGCUUUACUCUCUCUCAUCUCUCUUAUUUCUCUCCUCUCUCUUUUGCCUGUAGAAUUCUUAUUCCUUGAUGUUUACUUAACCACUAAUGGAUUUCAAGUUUCUUCAAAAACAUCCCAUCUCUCUUUUGUCUUCCUUUUCUCUUUCUCUCUCUCUAAAUAUUCUUUCCCUAGCAACUUACAUUAUCUUCUUAUUCUUUACUUAUACCUUCCAAUACAACUAAGACAUUAUUUCUGCGCCUUGCAUUUUCUUCCUUUCUCUCUCCCUCUCUUUUUUUUUUAUUCUUUCCAUUUAUACCUUGUUAGUCAUUUUUCAUGCCUUUGCUUUUCUCUCUCUCUCUCUCUCUUUCUUCUUUUCUCCCUCUCUCUCUUUUCCUUCUCUCCUUCUCUCUGUAUCUUCUUAUUCUUUCCAGUACCCCUUCCAAUACAACUAAGACUGUCCAUUAUUUCAUUCUUGCUUUUACUCUCUCUCUUCCUUUCUUUCCCUCUCUCUAAAAAAAUACUAUCCAUUAUUUCAUGCCUUGCUUUUCUCUCUCUCUCUCUCUCUCUCUUCCUUUCUCCCUCUCUCUCUUUGCAAGGUCUUAUUCUUUCCCUUAUAAUACAACUAAGACUGUCCAUUAUUUCAUGCUUACAUUUGUCUCUCUUCCUCUCUCAAAUCUCUUUGCCCUGA